CGCGAUGGGCGCGAGGGCGCGCGCGCGAGACGCGAGACGAACGACGCGCGCGUUCGUCGCGAUUCUCGCGCUCGCGCUGCGCGCGGCGACGACGCCCGCGGCGGGAACGACGCUGCGAUGGCGAAAAUUACACGCGUGGGGGGAGAACAAGCUCGGGGAACAGGGACGAGGCACGGCGACGAGCGCGGGGACGUGCGCGGAGGGAGAGCUGCCGGAAUUAGGAUGGGAUCUGAACGAGACGGUGUCGCGCGUCGUCGCGGGCCUGGACCACGCCGUGGCGCUCACCGCGCGAGGCGAGGCGUACGCGUGGGGGAGCAAUCGAUGCGGACAGCUCGGCACGGGAGACUUUAUAGAUGCGCUCACGCCACAAAGGAUUUUGAGCUCGCACACGAUCGUGGACGUCGCCGUGGGCGUCGAACACACGCUCGCGCUCGCGAGCGACGGCGCGCUCUUGGCAUUCGGGUGCAACACGCGAGGCGCGCUCGGGAUCGGGUCGGCGAAUUUAGGCAGGCACGCGACGCCGCAAACGGUGACGUCGGCAGAGACGUUCACCGCGAUAGCCGCGGCGGGCGCGCACAGCGUAGGACUCACCGAACAAGGGGCGGUGUACACGUGGGGGGCAAACAACCAAGGCCAGCUCGGGCUCGGUGGAUGCGUUUUUCCGGGCGGCCCGGGACGGGAUCCGUGCCUGAACGACGUGCACACGCCCACGAAAGUGCUCGUGAUGAACGACGGGCUCGUUUUACCGCCCAUUAAAUUAAUCGCCGCCGGCGGAGGCACGUUGGCGGGCGUGGCGCGCGUUCCCAUCGGCGGACACACCGUGGCGGUGGCGAAAUUAGAUAAUUCAGUGUACGCGUGGGGCGAUAAUUUUGCCGGACAGUUGGGCGUGCCGCAGGUAUACUUCAACGCGUCGUCAUCCGCGUACUUUAACAACACUCCGACGUACACCCCGAACAAGGUACGGCGCAUUUUUCUCGCGCAGGAUGCACAUUUAAUUAAUUAA